AUGGAUCGGAAGAACGUCAACACAGAAAACCUUCUCGACGACCUGCCCCCCAUCCCGGAGAGCGAAGGGUCCGGGCCCGGCUCCAUGCGUCUCCAGCGACUGCACCAGGAAGAUAUCUACACGGCUUCACCGGCAAGGGCCCACUCAGCAUCGGGCAACCAGCACCAGGCCAGGCCAUGGCACCGCUCUAUCCUCGAGCGCGCCAACACGUCUCGCUCAAACGGGGGUGAGCCCUCGUGGGCUAACGUCGUGCCCCUGUCGCUGCUGGGCCGCUGGGCCGCCGUGGUGGAGUGCCCGCUGUGCAAGGAGCUCACGCGGACCACGCUCAGGCACGAGACGGGCAAGGGGACCCACUGGAUGGCGACGCUGCUCUUUUUCACCACCGGAGUCGGCGUGUUCGUGCCCUACGUCACGGACUUUUCCAAGAACGUCCAGCACAGGUGCUUGAAAUGUGGUAAUACGCUGGCUACGAACCACUUCGGGAGCGGGACUGAGGCGCACUUGAUUUAA